GACACUUCCGCGCUUUGUUGCGGCGGCGAGGACGGUUGCCAUGGUGCCCAGCAAAUGCAGGCCCGUCGGGGUGGGGAGGCCGGGCCACACCGUCUCGGCCAACAAUUACGGAGUUCAGCUAGUUCUCCAAAGUACAUCAGCGGCAGAAAGAACCAGAGCUCUGGAAUUUAGAUUGCACAAAGAACAGCCUUAUCUCCACAACCGGUUCUUGCAGCAUGACCUUGAAAAAACCCAUCCUGGAAAACUAGCAGAUGGAAGAUUAAGUCCUUUGUCACGGAGCAAAAAAGCCUGCAUUCCCAUUGCAGCUAAUUUUGUCGAUACCCCUAGCCUGGAAGUGAAAUACGGCCAGGGGUCUCUCUCAGUCUCUGGAGACGGUUCGUUUCCAAAUCCUUUGAAGUACCGAGUUCAACAGGGCUGCCACAACGUCAGCGCAAAUGGCCCAGAUAAUAAUACUUAUGGGAUCACGGGAUUUCCUUUGGUGUACCGCUCGGCAGAAGAGAAAAUCCAGCUUUCGGACCGGAUGACCCUCGAAAGGCAGAAGCUGACCGUUUGCCCCAUCAUCAACGGAGAAGAGCACCUCCGUCUCUUAAGCUUCCAGCACAACUUCAUCACUCGAAUCCAGAACAUCUCCAAGUUGCAGCGCCUGAUUUUCUUAGACUUGUACGACAACCAGAUAGAAGAAAUCAGCGGCCUUUCCACCUUGAGAUGUCUCCGGGUUCUUUCGCUGGGAAAUAACAGAAUCAGGAGAAUUUCGAACCUGGAUAAUCUUGUGAACCUCGAUGUCUUGGAUCUUCAUGGCAAUCAGAUAUCUGUCAUAGAAAAUCUCAGUCACUUAAAGGAGCUCCGAAUGUUGAACCUUGCCCGAAAUGGCUUGACCCGCGCCGAGAACCUCCGUGGGCUGGAUUCGUUGCUGGAACUCAACCUGCGCUACAACAAGAUCAGAUUGGUGAAAGAUGUGGACAGCCUGCCCAGCCUGCAGCGCCUCUUCCUCAGCUUCAACAACAUCUCUUGCGUGGAAGACAUCCUCUGCCUGGCAGACUCGGCGUCCAUUUCCGAACUCACCCUAGAUGGCAACCCCAUAGCGCAGGAGGCAUGGUACAAGCCGACCGUUCUCCACCAUAUGAUGCAGCUCCGACAGCUGGAUAUGAAAAAAAUCACAGAAGAGGAGCGGCGCCUGGCAUCCGUUGCCCUAAGAAAAGAGGAAGAGAAGAGGCGUGAGAGUCACAGGCAGACCUUGUUGAAGGAGAAGAAACGCUUAACCAUCUCCAACAUCGCCCAUCACUGGGAAGUCCAGCAGAACCGCCUCGUCCUGAAGCUCUCGAACCCAGAGCAUCGCCCGGGCGAGGAGCCCUGCCAGAACAACAGGAAGGCGGCGGCGGCUGGCGAAUUUCCCGAGGAAGAGGGCAGGCGGCAUGAAGUUGGUGCUCCGUUGUCGGUUCCCUUCCCACUCGUGUCCCUUCGCCACGCUUCUUCCGUGCAGGAGCUGAAGGAGAAGAAGACCUUCUGCCAGGGCUACAUCCAGCAGCUGGUGAAGGAAGCCGCCGAGAUCCACCUGAAAGACGAGUCCUUGCAGAAGCUCUGGCCUCAGAUGUUCGUGGAGCUGGUCCGGGACGCGGUGAUUGAGAUGCACCACCAGGAUUCCCACCGGAGGCACUGCCUGCAGCGCCUGGCUGAGGAAAAGCUCUGACCCUCCCCCCCCCCCCGAGUUCCCUUCCCCUCUCAGUAUUCUGGGGUGGGGUCUGUUUGUUUUUUGGGUUCCCCCAAAGGCCCUGGAAAGGUCUCCAUCGUUGCCAGAGGCACUGCCGAAAGCCUUGCCUCGAAAAAAGCCCCGUUUUCCUAGCAAAAGACUCUCUUCCCCUACUUUUCCACGGGAGGGCUUGUAUUUUUAUUUUCCUUUCCCCACAUUCUAACGUGUACACGAGCCCUGGGGAUCUCGGCAGACCCCACAGAUUUUUAACUUAAUUUAUUUUUUUUCGCUGAGGCCAAAGGAUCCUCAUCUUCUUGCACUUUUUUCCUUCUUCUUGUUGUUGUUGUUGCUGGUUUUAUAACUCCGUGCAUGUUCAAGCACUACUUGGAAAGAAAUGAGACCUUGGAGUUCAAUCCUGUACGUUUUAUUAUUCCUU